AUGAACAGCUACAGAGACAGAGGGGUCACUUGCAUCUCCUCAGACCUCUUGGAUGGGGGAGGAGGAGGGCUGGUUCUCUCAGGCUCCCAGCAUACCCCAUUCCGUCACACACCCAAUGGCCACUCCGCUCCCGCCCCCCCAGACUCGGCUACCCAAACGCGUGUCUCGGUGCCCAAAAUGGGUGUCCGGGCACGUAUUGCAGAGUGGCCACCUCGUCGUGUGCAGUCCAAGGAGUCGUUGCUGGAAAAUGGGCAGGGCAGUAGCAUUCACCUCGGAGACGAUGGCUCCACUUCUGUUUCUUCAUCCAUUUUCUCAUCCGACAUCGGCCUUGUGCGCGGAGGGUUGGCCAGGUUGCCAAGACGACGGUCCAAAGACGUGGAGUUCCGUGGCGGAGGGUUCGGAGGUGAGAGAGGUUCACCGUUGCACCUGCGUGCAUUCCCCCCUCUACGGCAACGCUCCAACAGCGAGGUCACCUUAAGUGAACAGGAUGAGAACGAGGUGGAGGGUCGUGGUGGCAGUGGGAUCGGAAACCUGUUCAGAGAGUAUGGCAGCACCUCCUCCAUCGACAUCCAGGGCAUCCCGGAGCAGAGCUUCUUCGACAUGCUUAGCCAGUUCCACCAGGAGAGGCCCGACCAGCGCAGCUCGGCCCCCGUACGGCUGGGGGAGUUGCUGCGCGCUCCAGACUCACCAUCAAGCACGCCCUUCCCUUCCAGCCCCUCCCCUGUUCCCACACCGAGCGGGGAGGAGAAAGGGACCGGCAGAAGGGAGGGAGCUGAGAACAGAGUAAGGAAGAAAAGUGGAGGAACGGAGUCAUCUCUGGGGACAUCGUCUCUGUUUAGGAAGCUCCGAAGCUCCAGCAGAGGAGAGCUGGAUGGGGGUAAGGGAGAGUUCGGUGAAGAUGGAGGAGGGCGGGGUUCAACAGAUGCUUCCUUUAAACCAUGGCUGUGCCCCAAGAACUUUGUCCACUACGAUGCUCAAAGCAUUCUGUUUGACCUCCACGAGGCGGCGGCUCAGCGCGGCUAUGUUGCCCAAAGGAGGAACACCGCUACGGGGGCAUCAGCUGCCUCCGUGUCCCUGUCUGUCUCCAGAUCCUCCGCUCCAAGUGGAACUGACCCAACUUACUCCAGCAUUGAGGACCUGACCCUGAGCCUCGACCCCACCUCCACAGCAGCCUCCCUAGGCAUGGACUCGGGCCUCGACGGGCCUCCUGGAAGCCAUAGUUCCAGCCCCCUACUGCUGUGCUGUCCCCACUUCCUCAAUGAAACGGGGGGCCAUGGGGAACGCAAUGUCAGCUUCCUCAGCUCCUCAGCAGAGAGGGGAGGAGAAGCAGGAGGAGGAGAAGGAACAAGGGGGUGGCUGAGGAGGAGUAAUGCCAGUGUGUCAGUGCUGGAGGUGCCUAUUGAACAACAGGUGACCAGGCUGGACAGACUGAAACUCCACAGCAUUGAACAUGUGGACCUUGGGGCCAGAUACUACAGAGACUACUUCCAUGGGAAAGAGCACUCCAACUACUUCGGGACGGAUGACAAACUGGGUCCAGUGGCCGUGAGCAUCCGCAGGGAGAAACUGGAUGACACCAAAGACCUGAAGGACCAGUACCAGUACCGCCUCAUAAUUAGAACCAGCGAGCUGGUGACCCUGCGAGGCUCCAUUUUAGAAGAUUCAGUGGCCUCUACGGCGAGACACGGUACAGUACGGGGCCUGCCUCUCAAGGAGGUCCUGGAGCAGGUGGUACCUGAGCUCAAUGUGUCCUGUUUGAGGCUAGCCCUCAACACGCCAAAGGUCACUGAGCAGCUCCUCAAGCUGGAAGAGCAGGGGUUGAGUCAGAAGCAUAAGGUGGGCGUUCUGCUGUGCCGCGCGGGCCAGAGCACGGAGGAGGAGAUGUACAACAACGAGGAGGCAUCGCCAGCCUUCUCUGCCUUCCUGGAGCUGCUGGGAGAGCAGGUGCUCCUCAAAGGCUUCACUAAGUACGCUGCCCAGCUUGACACCAAGACGGACUCUACAGGCACCCAUUCUCUGUACACCACCUACCAGGGCUAUGAGAUCAUGUUCCAUGUCUCCACCAUGCUGCCAUAUAUGCCCAGCAACCCACAGCAGCUCUUGAGGAAGAGGCACAUAGGGAACGACAUCGUCACCAUAAUCUUCCAGGAGCCCGGGGCACUGCCUUUCACCCCUCAGAAUAUACGCUCACACUUCCAGCACGUCUUCGUGAUUGUCCGCGUGCACAACCCCUGCUCCGACAACACGUGCUACAGUGUCGCGGUGACGCGAAUGAAGGAUGUGCCCCCUUUUGGACCACCGAUCCCGAGCGGCAUGACCUUUCGUGACCCAGAGGCCUUUCGCAACUUCCUGUUGGCCAAGGUUAUCAAUGCAGAGACGUCGGCGCACAAGUCAGAGAAGUUCCACACCAUGGCAACCCGGACGCGGCAGGAGUAUCUGCGCGACCUGGCCGAGAACUGUGUCAGCAGCACACCGCUCGACUCGGCUGGGAAACUCAACAACCUCAUCUCGCUGGCCUCGAAGAAACGGGAGCGCUCAAAGGCAAGGGAGGGUGCGGAGCUUGGGGCCGCAGGAGCUGUGGCUUGGAGGGUGCUGGCCCAGGAUUUCAGCGGAGGUGGGACGGAAAUCCCCUGCGCACUUGGUGUGUCGGCCGAAUAUAUCCUCUUAAUCGACUGUUCUACCAAAGAGGUGGUGUUUAACUGUUUCUGUGCUGACGUGAUCGGCUGGACGCCUGAGCGACUGUCACUGAAGAUCUUCUAUGGGAGGGGAGACCACAUCGCAGUGCGUGUCCCGGAGGGCUGUGCUCAGGACGUCAGGGAGGUGGUGCAGAGGCUAAAGUCACUGACGUUGGGCUGUGAGACAGUGGAUAUGACCCUAAGAAGAAACGGACUGGGGCAACUUGGUUUCCAUGUGCGCCUGGAUGGCACCGUGGCCGAGGUGGAGGAAUAUGGCUUUGCCUGGCAGGCGGGGCUGAGGCAGGGCAGCCGACUGGUAGAGAUCUGCAAGGUCGCCGCGGUGACGCUGACCCACGAGCAGAUGAUUGACCUGCUGAGGACGUCGGUCACGGUCAAAGUGGUCAUCAUCCCCCCCUAUGAGGAGGGAGGGCCCCGCAGGGGCUGCACAGAGGAGUACGAGAUGAAGACCAUGGAGCAGAAGCCAGAUCCGGAGCCAUUGGCAGCAGGUUAUAGGCCCUCUCCGCGUCCCCUGGCCUGGCGGUGGGACAGCCCAUCCAUUCCCCCUGGCCUCCACAGCGCCCCAAAUGCACAGCGCUGGACCCCCAUGGGCCCCCCACCUCCCCCACUGCCCCGUUCACACAAGACGUUGGUACCAGUUCCCUACAGGGAGCCUCAGCACCUCAACACCAAGAGGCCAGUGAGUUACCCAGAGAACCACUACAGCUUGUCCCCUGCAGGGGGUGAUAGAGUUGUGCCCUAUAGGAAUCCAUCAGCCAGUUUCUCCUCUCCCUCCUCUGGCCUGGUGGGUCUCUCUACCAUUGGGCCGCCUGGAAUCACACCCGGCCCCUUCAUGCGCUACAAACCCUCGCCUGACAGGUAUGGUACAGGACAGCGCCCCCUGAUGGCAUAUGAGCCCCACCUCGGCCUGGACAUCACCUCCAGCGGUGAUUCCUCAUCUGGCUUCACCAGCCAGGACAGCACUAUGGAGCGCUGCAAAACAGAGCCUCUUUGGCAUGUGCCGGCAUCAUCUCGAGGGUUGGGUGGUGUAGGGGGGCAGAGAAGACCAGCCAGACAGGAUGUGCCGGGGAAAGACUCUCCAAACAGACACUCAAAGGGUGAGACGCAGUACUCCAGUCACUCCAGCAGCAACACUUUGUCCAGUAACGCCUCCAGCAGCCACAGCGACGAGCGUUGGUUCGAUGGCGGGCCCGGAGGGGAACGAGGGGUUGGUGGCGGUUGCCACGGUGACCCUGCCGACCCAGACCCUGACCUUCACAAUAAGGGGGGCUCCAAUGACAGCGGUAUUGACGCCCCGGCCCACUACAACCACAGCCGACAUGGCAACACGUCUGGGGGUCAAUCACACAAGCCCGUGCACUGCUCUGCAACGUACAGCGGCCUCCAGGAGUUGACGACAGGGAGGAGCGGCGGAGGGGAAGCCAGGAGACGGGAGUCGUCGCCUGUCAUACCGGCCUCAGCCAAUCAGAACAAAGGAUACCGGACCAGGACAUUUCCGCCUCCUGGCUCCAGCACUGAGAAAACGGACGUGUUCAAACCCCGGGCCUGCUACACACCCCAGGGUUACAAGACUCCUACGGCUGAGAAAGCCCGGCCUGUCCGAGCUGCCACCGCUACGCCCACUUCUGCUCAGCUCAACUCCACUCCUCUCUCCAGCUCUGCUCCAAAGGCCUUCUAUGGAAAGGGCAGACAGGCUGCUUGGCAACCAGAAGACAAGAGUCCGUCACCCUCCAACACGACCACAACAUCCAGCACUAACAGCAGCAGCAAGAAGCAGGUGGACAUGAAUUCUAAAAAUGUAUUUGGACAGCCCCGACUCAGAGCAUCUUUAAGGGACCUGCGGUCUCCAAGGCGAACAUACAAGAGCACCAUCGAAGAUGACCUAAAGAAACUUAUCAUCAUGGAUAACCCCGGAGAAACGUCGCAAAUGGAUACGUCUCCCAAGCGCACCUUGCAGCGCACCUUCUCAGAUGAGUCGCUGUGCAGUGGGCGCAGGGAUGCCAGCUUCGCCAAUGUUGAGAAUCAGAGUGCGCCCAAUGACCUGCUUUUUACCUGCACGCUACCGACACGCAGACACGCCUCUGCCAACCAUUCCAACCACAUGCAGAACAAGAAAGUCCCGCUGUCUGCAUCUGAACUGUCCCUUACAGAGGUGAGGGACAAGGUUCCCCCCCUGAGGAGGCUGGACCCCGGGCUGAUGCCCCUCCCAGACACGGCCUGUGGGCUGGAAUGGUCCAGCUUGGUCAAUGCUGCUAAAGCCUACGAAGUGCAAAGGGCGGUAUCCCUCUUCUCGCUUGCGGAGCCACCAGUCGGAGGUGGAGACGUCAGGCCGGUCAUCAGUCCAGUCCACUUCCACACUCCUCAGACACCCCGCACCACCCCAACCUUCAGCGGAGAUGAGGUCCCCAACGAUCUGUCAGGGCGACUCUACCACCUGGAGGUGAUGCUGAAACAGCUGAACACUGACUUGGAGAAAGAGAAAAAGGACAAGGUUGUCUUGCUAGCAGAGAUGGCUAACCUGAGAGAGAACAACCAGCGCCUGCAAGAAGAAAGUCACUCGGCCAGUGAGCAGCUCCGCAAGUUCAACAUCCUUUUCAGCAACACUCAGCCGGAGAGGAAGUGACUUCGCCAAUCGCUCUUCGACUAAUAGAAGAAGUGGCACCAGUGAGAACGCAGUGGGCACCAGCGGGAGGGGCUGGACUACAGGCCAGAGGAGGAGAGGUGCAAAUUGUCAAGUUUAAACAAGCUGAGGGGAGCAAGCCCUUUUUAGUCUUACCCACUCGAUACAGUUCCCCUCGUCCGCGGGGCCAUUCAGCACCCCAGAACCAUCGGUGGGACCGCCUUAAAAUGGAGAGAGCUGCAAAACAACAAUUUAUUACGGAAACAGUCACGAUGAGCCUUCCACAGGUCCCUUCACUCAGCCUGUGUGCCGCCUAGAGCUUCGUCCCUCGCUCUUUUUGCUCUCUCCAUCAUGUUUUCUGAGCCUAGCCGUUUUAUUUUUCUAAACUUAAGUCUCAAAGUCACACAUAUAUAUGUGUGUGUGUGUGUGUGUGUGUGU